UUGGUGGUUAUAGUCUCGUAUGAUUUGAAAUCCGAGUUUUUCAGAAGAAGAUGGCGGCGUCGAAUUACGAGUACCCGAGGCUCCGGCGGCCGGAAAUAGUCUCAAUCUUAGCGCAGUUCCAGAUCGCCACCGUCACCGAGCAGGACCUCAUCAACCCUAACCCUGACUUGAUCUCCGAACUCUACACUCGCGUCCUCAUUCACCUCGACUUUCUCCUCGAGGAAGACAACGAGCAACUCGAGUUCGAUGCCCUAGAGCAACUCGAGAACCCCGAUUUCCACGUGGACUCCAUUCGCGCCAUCAAACUCUACAACAAGAUCAAGGAGGUCCUCACCGCGCUCGAGUGUCCGCGGAAAUUCACCUUCGCCGAUCUCCUCGUGCCGGAUCCUCAACGCACCGAGUUCUUCCUCGGUGCUCUCAUCAAUUUCUGCCUCGACAGGGAGGCGAGGAUGAACUCCGUGUCGGAGAUUGUCGACGAAGUGAAUGCUCUCGAGGAGCAGCGGACGGAAUUGGAGGAGAAUACGAUAUCGCAGUUGAGAGCAGAGAUUUUGGAAUGCAAUGAGGCGAGGGAGAGGGAGAUGCCUCUUGUUAAGGAGGUGGAGGCAAAGGUGAAAGAGCUGAGGCAAACGAUUGGGGCGCUGAACAACAACCAGGUGGCGCUGAGGACUAAAUUGAAGAAGUUGAAGGAGAAGAGUGUGGAAAUGGAUGAGAAAAUUUCAAAUGCUGAAUUUACAUUAGUACAAAAUGUUCUAGAAAAUGCAAAUCUACGUUCAAAAAUUGCUCAAUCUCCUGAUAAAGUACAGAGGGCUUUAGAGGAAAAGAAAAUAGCUCGAGAGGAGGCAAGGAAUGGUGAAAGAUCAGCAAUGCAGGCGUUUCAUAACAAGAGUGCCCUUGUUGAUGUUUUCUCCAAGGUGUACAAGAAAAUGUCAAAACACUACACGCUGAUGCAGACUAUACAAGAACAGGUAAAUUCUGCAAAAUCUGUUGAAAAGGAUCUUAAAGCAUUGAAAGCAAAACUCAGUGAUGAAAAAAUAUUGGAGAAGUCACUUGAGGCCAAAUUGGUCGAAAGACAAAGUAAAGUUGAGCAGAUGGAAGAAUUGAGGAAGCAGUUGGAGAAAGAGUGCAAUAUUAGGUGCGAAGAAGCAACUAAGUACUUGAAUAGUACACAAUCAGAGGUGGAAACAAAGAGAUGUGAUAUAGAAACAAGGAAGAGAAAUGUCGCUGCUAUGUUAUCUGAGGUGGAUGUUAUAAAUAGUAAAAUUACAUCAGUGAAAGAAACUGGAGCGGUACAAGUGGAACGGUUAGGUCGCAAAUGUCAUGAGUUAGUUGAUGAGUUUCACAAGUAUUCAAACUCGAUUGUACGUGUGAUUGAAUCUGCGCCAGAGAGUUAAAUUCAUUAAAGGAAGUGGAUUUGACAUUUCAGAUCUGGUAUAUUAUGAACUACACUUGCUCUGCAUAGUUCGAGUACAUGUUAGCAUACA